AUGAGAUUUCUCCGCCGAUUCUCGUCGUCGAGAAUUUCGGCUGCUCAGUUUUUUGCUCGAACCUCCAUCUCGCCGAAUCACAACUCAUCGUUGCUUGCUCCCACGCACUUCACACCCAAAUCGGUGGUUCUACUUUCCACCCCACAAAAUCUACCAUUUGUCAUUGAAAAUGCAAUCACAUUCUACCAGCUUGUGGGCAUGCAGGUGCUUGUGGCUGGUGUGGACGGUGUAGUUCCCAAUGGAACUCGAAACGGAGUUUCUGAGCUCUGGUUGGACGACUAUUUGACGUUUGGAAAGUCGAUUGAGCUUUCCAAGAAGGACUCCACUCCUCCUUUGAGAGAGAGCGACGGGAUUCACGUUGUGGGUGCCAAAACACAUUGGAAGAACAUUGAUGCAGGGCUCCGGCUCUAUUUUGGUGAUAACUCCGUGGAUUUAUCCCUUGCAAACACAGCAUUUUCCACCAACACUUUGGCUACGCUAUUUUUCUUCCAGCCCAAGCAUCUUCAGGAGAAAACCAAGGACUCUAAUAUGGGUGAGAUGCUUUGUGAAUUGACAGCCACGCUUCCAAACUUGGAGCCACAACUCUCAGGUCCGCUGUCUGAAGACAGAUGGAUCAGAUUGACUGACGAAGAGUUGAGAGUGACGAAAUUUCACGGCAACCUCCUCAAGAGCAUCAAUGGCAAGUCUGCUGCUUCGUUCCUUGAAAAAAAUGAGAAGCUCAUGUCGCUUGCUAGCAAGGAUACCAAAGUCUACGUAAAAUUGUACAAUGGAGAGCUGUGCAAGAAGUACGAGGUGAUUGCUGGAGGAGGGGGCUGGGGUGCCAAAGCAGACUUGUUGGCCAUUUCUCCCGAGGCCAAGCCUCAAAAAGGUGACCGUUUGGAGUUCUUCAUGGUUUCUCCAGAUGAUCGGUAUGGUGAAAUGACUUCGGCGGUAGUGUCCAACAGAAUCAGGUUCGAGUGUAUUCCUGAGGCUACUUCUUAUGGUGGGGAAGUUCCAGCAUCUCAAGAGGUUGAAAACUUGUUCGGAUGUGGAUGUGAAAGCGGAUUUGAGGUGAAUGAAGUCAACCAUAGAAGUGCGGGAGAGGUGGUUGAAUUCUCGUGGAAGUGA